AGGUUUAAGUUGAUGGAUAUGGCUUCUCCAAAUUUUGAUUCAGACUCUAAUAGUUCAUCUUCAAGUGACAGUGAACUUUCACUUUCCAAACAUUACUUUCAUGGCGCAAAUAAGAAUUCGGAUGGUACCUUGAUUGUUUCUUCAAUAUUGACCGCUGUAAAGUUCUCUCUUGACGGCUCAACAUCAAGUAGAUGCUAUAUUCGUUGUGAUAGGAAAGAGCGCCAUGAUAUAAUAGUUAAUGACUAUUUCAAAGGUGAAAACUCAAAGUACACCCCUGAACUUUUUCGUCGUAGAUUUCGAAUGAAUAUUGAACUAUUCAAUAGAAUACUACAAGAUGUUGAGAACUAUGACAAUUAUUUUCAACAAAAGACAGAUGCUGUUGGAAACAUUGGGUUGAGCCCCCUCCAAAAGAUGGUUGCAGCAAUACGUAUGCUGGCAUAUGGUUGUCCAGCUGAUUUGCUUGAUGAAUAUGUUCAAAUUGGUGAAAGUACCGCGGUUGAAAGCUUGAAGCGUUUCUGUGAUGCUAUUAUAGGACUCUAUGAAGAGCAUUAUUUGAGAAAACCAAACAAGGAUGAUAUUAGAGUGCUCCUAGAAGAAAAUGAGACUCGAGGAUUUCCUGGUAUGUUUGGCAGCUUGGAUUGCAUGCAUUGGCAAUGGAAGAAUUGUCCCACCGCUUGGCAUGGCACGCAUACGAAUGGUUUUAAAAGAGUACCCACUCUUAUUUUAGAAGUUGUAGCUUCAAAAAGUUUAUGGAUUUGGCAUGCUUUUUUUGGAAUGGCUGGUAGUAACAACGAUGUUACCGUUUUAGAUAGAUCACCCCUAUUUGAUGAUAUAAUUAAUGGUAUUGCUCCGCCAUGCAAAUACAUUGUUCAGGGUCAUGAGUACAACAUGGGUUAUUACUUAGCUGAUGGGAUAUAUCCAAAGUAUGCUACUCUUAUCCAAACAAUAUCUCAACCAUUGUCUGUGAAGGAAAAGUUAUUUGCCAAAAAACAAGAAUCAGCGAGAAAGGAUGUUGAGCGGGCAUUUGGUGUGUUACAAAGUCGAUGGCAUAUAAUUAAAGGACCUGCUCGGAUGUGGAGUGCUAAAGACUUGGGAAUGAUAAUGAAGACAUGCAUCAUCUUACAUAACAUGAUUAUUGAGAAUGAGCGUAGUGAAGGCAUUAAUCCAGAAGAUUGGCGGGACGAAGGAGAUGAACCCAGUGAAAGUGUUAAUCUUGAGCAUGAUUUUACCUUAAUUAUGUCCAUGAUGAUUAAUCGAACAAAGGAGAUACAAGACACAUGGUUACAUAGAGAAUUAAAAAAGGAUCUCAUCAACCAUUUGUGGGAAGUCUAUGGUGGUCAAGUUGAUAUUGAUUAAUUUGUUUUUUUUUUUUUUUGCAUUUUGUGAACCCUCCAUUUUUAAUUUAAUGUUAUACUACGUAAGCUUUAUUAUUGAUGAUCCAUUAUCACGUCUUUAAUUUUUAUUGGUAGUACGCUCAUCAUUAUAAUGGUUAUAUCUUACAUGUUUUCAUAACAAUGUAAAGAUUAACUAGCAUUUUUUAUUCUCAUCCACAGAACCUAGAGUGAUUUCUUUUCCUUGUAUUCUCUGCACUCCGUAUUAAGUUCUA